AAACCUGCGCAGCCAGUGGCUGGUCCCUCCCUGUGUUAGCGCUCCUCUAACCUCCUUUCUCUAGAUGGUCACUCAUCGCCUCGUAAACAAAUCGGCUCCUUUUUCGCUUUCCCUUCUCUCCCUCUCCUUUGGAUAAUCAACGAAAUUCAAAAUAAAUAAAACCCUCAAUAAAACCCUAGCACUACCAAUCCCAAAUUCUCGCUCAAUUUAAUUUCUCACGUCUCUCCAAAUUACCAUUUUCAGUUCCAAUUCAUCUCUCCCUCUCUCCCUCCUUCCUAAACCCUAUAAUCACAAAAUCCAAUUCCAGAUUUCAUGCUCUAUCUUGUUCUUCCAAUUCUUCGAUUAGAUUUCCUCGAUUGGCAGGCAUGAAGAGAGAGCUAGGUUUUGUGAGUUCACUAGGUCGGCCGACUCAGUCGAGUUCCUCCUGUGCACAACUUUCUGACGAUGAUCGCAGCAAGAGGUUCAAAGUUACUAAGGUAAAUGGUUUCAUUGUUUAUACUCGAGUGAGGAAGACUAAAAAUAACAAUGUAUUAAUUGCGGCCGAGGAUGAUGAGAGGCAUAUUAAGAGAAUUAAGAGCUUAGAUGAUUCUAAAAUUGAUGUCGCCAAUACAAUAAAUGCUUCGAUUAGUGAUGAUGGUUUUAAGUGUCUUGAAGUUAAUAAUAAGACUGCAAUUGGAGAGCGAAAUAAUUGCAAUAACGUAGAAAAGGGGGUUUGUAAAGAUGAGAGUAAGGGAUCUCUGGCGGUCAAAGGGGGAAAAGAGAUGAACCUUGCUGUUUUUGUUGAGAAUGGUGAGGUUAAGAGUAAUGAUAGGCCAAAGAGGGUUAGGAAGUCAAAAUUGAAGAUUAAGUUGCAACCAGUUGAGGUUACUGUUAAAGGACCAGAAGUUAUAGAAGGUGAAGCCCUCUCUAGAGUGGAUGUGGAGAUGAUAGCUGAAGGGAGUGCUUUGACGCCUCCAAAGAAGAAUUUAGAGUUGAAAAUGUCUAAAAAGAUUGCGUUGGAAAAUGUACCAAUGACAGUUAAAGAGCUGUUUGAGACUGGUUUGCUUGAGGGGGUACCUGUUGUCUACAUGGGUGGCAAGAAGUUUCAGGCGUUUGGUCUUCGGGGUACAAUCAAAGAUGCUGGCAUUCUGUGCUCUUGUGCUUUCUGCAAUGGACAUAGAGUUAUUCCCCCAUCCCAAUUUGAGAUUCAUGCUAUCAAACAAUAUAGACGUGCGGCCCAAUACAUAUGUUUUGAGAAUGGGAAGAGCCUGCUUGAUGUAUUGAAUGCAUGCAGGACUGCUCCUCUGGAUUCGUUGGAAACAACAAUUCAAAGUGCCAUUAGUGGUUUGCCAGUGGAAAGAACUUUCACCUGUAAAAGAUGCAAAGGUACCUUUCCUUCUAUUUGUGUUGGAAAAAUUGGGCCUUUAUGCAACUUAUGUGCAGAGUCAAAGGAUUCUCAUCCCACCCUAACUUUUGGAUCUAGUAUAAUAUCUAGCUCAUCAGAACAAGUUUUGGCCUUGGAGUACUUCAAACCGGCUUCAUUGUCUACCUCCUCACAAGAUAAUACUCCACGGAAGAAAAAAAGAAAGUCAUCAAAAACAGAUUUGAACAAAAGUGCUCCAGCGCGUGUGUCCUCGAGAAUUCAAUCCAAGAUUACACCAAAACCAGAAGAACAAGAUUCCAUCACAAAACCUUCCAAAAGUGCUUCAGUAUAUCUCUCUUCACGAAAAAGGAAGUAUAAGAAGAUUUCACCUAGGAUAUCAAAGUCAGUUUUAAUGUCCAAGUGCUUCAAAAAUACAUCAGUUGGCAUCUCUUCACAAAAUCAGUGGAAAAUAACAACAAAAGACCAGCGGUUGCAUAGAUUGGUUUUUGAAGAAGGUGGAUUGCCUGAUGGAACUGAACUAGCAUAUUAUGCUCGUGGCCAGAAAUUGCUUGGCGGGUAUAAAAGGGGCUUUGGAAUACUUUGCCGUUGCUGCAAUUGUGAGGUCAGCCCCUCAAUGUUCGAAGCUCAUGCAGGUUGGGCUACUCGCAAAAAACCCUAUGCAUAUAUUUACACAUCAAAUGGUGUGUCACUCCAUGAAUUGGCAAUUUCUCUCUCAAAAAGUCGGAAUUAUUCUUCCCGGGACAAUGAUGACCUAUGCAUCAUUUGCGCAGAUGGUGGGAAUCUUUUGCUUUGUGAUGGAUGCCCAAGGGCCUUCCAUAAAGGAUGUGCUUCUAUACCAACUGUUCCUAGUGGUGAUUGGUAUUGCCAGUAUUGCCAGAAUACAUUUGAAAGGGAAAAGUUAGUUGAGCAUAAUGUGAAUGCUUCUGCAGCUGGAAGGGAUUCAGGAAUCGAUUCUAUAGAACAGAUAACCAAGAGAUGCUUUCGUAUUGUCAAAAACAUAGAAGCUGAACUUACUGGAUGUGCAUUAUGCAGAGGUUAUGAUUUUAUGAGAUCUGGUUUUGGUCCACGCACAAUUAUACUUUGUGAUCAGUGUGAGAAAGAAUUUCAUGUUGGUUGUUUAAGGAGUCAUAAGAUGACAAAUCUGAAGGAAUUGCCAAAAGGCAACUGGUUUUGUUGUAUGGAUUGCAGUAGGAUCCAUUCUACUUUGCAGAAGUUGCUCAUUCGUGGGGCUGAGAAACUCCCAGACUCUCUUUUGAAUGAUAUAAAGAAGAAGCAUGAGGAAAGAGGUUUAAACAUCAGUAACAAUAUUGAUGUGAGAUGGACACUUCUUAGUGGAAAAAUUGCUUCUCCUGAAAAUAAGCUUUUACUCUCACGGGCUCUUUCUAUUUUUCAAGAAUGUUUUGAUCCUAUAGUUGAUUCAACAAUUGGACGUGAUCUUAUUCCUUUGAUGGUUUAUGGUAAGAACUCAAAGGGCCAAGAUUAUGGAGGAAUGUACUGUGCAGUGUUAACAAUCAACUCAAGUAUUGUAUCAGCGGGUAUACUACGAGUUUUUGGGGAAGAAGUUGCUGAACUUCCCUUGGUUGCAACGAGGAAUGGUGAACAUGGCAAGGGCUACUUUCAACUGCUGUUCUCCUGCAUCGAGAAGUUGUUGGCCUUUUUAAAUGUGCAGAAUCUUGUGCUUCCAGCUGCGGAAGAGGCAGAAUCAAUAUGGACAGAAAAAUUUGGUUUUCAGAAGAUAAAACCGGAGCAGCUUAACAAGUAUAGAAAAAGCUGCUGCCAGAUGGUGAGAUUUGAAGGGACAUCUAUGCUACAGAAAGUGGUUCCUACCUGUAGAAUUGUUAAUCAACGUACAAGUCCUUAGGGUAUUGUAAAAAGGAGUAAUGGGGAGCUACUCUUAGUACGAGGGACAAGACGCCUAAUCUUUUAGUUUCUACAGUUUUUUUAAUCUUAUUUUUUAAUUAUUUUUAAAUUUAUGUAUAGACCAGAUAUUGAAGGAAGUAUAUACAUGUCCAGUCCUCGACUUAUUUAGCGUUCUAGAUGAAGCAAUGCAAGCUAUUUGUGUUUA